AAAAAGAAGAAGCGGCAGCAGCAGCAGCAGCAGAAGAAGAGAUCUCAUGUUGCUAGGAAACCGUUGUUUAGUAGUAUCAGCGUGGGACGCGAGAAGCCACUUUAUUUUCAUUUGAGGUGAUAACGCACUCACAAAUAAUGCCACCAAAAAGAAAAUCUUCCAACAAGUCCCCAAAGGGUAAAACUCCAACAGUAGUGGAUGGUUUGUCCACAGAUGAGAUGUCUAAAGAGCAGUUGGAGGAGCACAUUGUGCGUCUGCGAGAGGAGCUGGACAGAGAACGGGAGGAACGCAACUAUUUCCAAUUAGAGAGGGACAAAAUCCACACGUUUUGGGAAAUCACCAAAAGACAACUGGAAGAGAAAAAGUGUGAACUGAGAAACAGAGAGCGUGAACUGGAGGAGGGCGAGCGCCACCAAGUGGAAAUAAAGGUUUAUAAGCAGAAGGUGAAGCACUUAUUGUAUGAACAGCAGAACAUGCUCUCUGAGCUAAAGGCUGAAAGUGUUGUCAGCACUAAACUGCUGCAGAAGGAGCAUGCUGACCUUGAGGAUCAGCUGCGGAAGGACAUGUGCUGCUUGAAAGUAGAUGUGAAAGAGCAGGAGCUGUCCAGUGAGAAUGUGAUCAAGAACCUUCAUCUGAAACAUGAUGAGGAAAUGACUGUUCUGAGAAAUGAUUUUGCCAGACAAGUACGAGAAAUUGAGUCCAAAUACAAGAAAAGGAUGCAGAAACUACGGCAGGAGGAACAACUAAGACGCAAAACAGAGAUUCAUGAGAUCGAGGAACGAAAGAACAGUCACAUCAACAUGCUGAUGAUGAAUCAUGAGAAAGCUUUCAGAGACAUCAGGAACUACUUCAGUGACAUUGUCUACAAGAAUCUGGACAUUAUAACUUCACUCAAGGAAGAGUUAAAGGAGAUGAAAAGGAAGGAGGAGAAGAGAAAUAAAGAGAUGGCUGAAGUGCUUGAGGAGAAUAAGGACCUUAGAGAGUCUCCACAAAAGGCCAAAGAGGAAGUUGCAGAACUUCAGAAACGGCUCGCCAACUAUGAGAAGGACAGGAGUGCUCUAGCUAGAACAAGAGCUCGUCUCAAAAUAUCUGAAAGUGAAAUGAAGGAGCUUAAGUGGGUGCAUGAAGUGUUGGAACAGAGAUUUACUAAGGUUCAGUUGGAGCGAGACGAGCUGUACAUGAAGUUCACUAAAGUCAUCCAGGAGGUUCAGCAGAAAAGUGGCUUUAAAAACCUGCUACUGGAGUGCAAACUGAGUGCACUCAAUGACACACUGAAGAAGAAGGAAGCACAGCUCAGUGAGGUGCUGUCUGCUUCCAACCUGGACCCCAGCACCCUAAACAUGGUCACCCAUAAACUAGAGGAAGUUUUGGAGUCCAAAAAUCAUACUAUCAGAGACCUACAGUAUGAAGUGGCACGAGUUUGCAAGGCCCAUAAUGACCUCCUGAAGACUUCUGUAGCAAAGCUGCAGGCAUUUGGGAUCCCUGUGGAAGAACUCGGCUUUAAGCCACUCGAAAGCAGUUCUGGACAGAGUCUUGGCCAGAGCCCUGCUGCCCUCGUUUAUGCUUCAAAUUAGCAAGAAAGGGAAAAUAUACACCCUUAAAACUUGUGAUACAUAUAACGUCCACAUGCACAGACACUUAUGAAAUUCUAAUACACUAAAGACAUAUUCUUUAAGGUUUGUAUGUAUAAUUCAUUAUAUGUUAUGGAUAUGCAUGAGAUUCUCUGUAUAAAUCAUUUUCAGUGUAAAUGGAAGUCACUUUGUCCACUAUGUCAGUUUGUGAGGGUCAA